AUGAAUUCAAGAUGAGUAACAAAACAAACAGAUGAGUACAAAACUGCAAAAUCUAACCCCAGAGAGGCGAAAAUACUCCCACCUACUCCACUCCUUUCCUUUUCUCUUCUCUCUAUUUCCCUUUGAGUGUCUUCCUUCGCUCGCCUACUUUCACCAUUUGGAUUGCUUUCACCAUUUCUUCAGACCAAACAAUGGCAAGCGAACCAGUUAACGUUAGCGAGUUUGAAGCAUUGGCUAAGAAAGCCCUUCCCAAAAUGUACUUCGACUUCUAUGCUGGGGGAGCUGAGGACGAGUACACUCUCAAAGACAACGAGGAGGCCUAUCAGCGAAUCACGAUUCGUCCAAGAGUUUUGGUGGAUGUGAGCAGAAUAGAUACUAGUACUAGCAUACUUGGUUACCCUAUCUCGUCGCCUAUUAUGGUAGCGCCAAGUGCUCUUCACCAGCUCGCAAAUCCUGAAGGUGAACUAGCCACAGCUAGAGCGUCGGCUGCAUCUAACACCAUCAUGAUUCUGUCAUUUUCUUCCAGUUACAAUGUGGAGGAAGUUGCUGCUAGUUGCGAUGCAGUUCGUUUCUUCCAACUAUAUGUGUAUAGAGGACGACACAUAGCAGCCAACUUGGUGGAGAGAGCUGAAAGGAGUGGAUAUAAGGCGAUUGUGUUGACAGUUGACUGUCCAAGACUCGGUCGUAGGGAGGCGGACAUUAGGAACAGAAUGAUUGUGCCAAAGUUGAAGAAUGUUGAAGGCUUUGUAUCGAAUGAUGUUGAUGCUGGUGGCGGCUCGAACUUGGAAGCUUAUGCGAAUUCAACGUUCGAUCCUACUUUAAGUUGGAAGGAUGUGGCAUGGUUGAAGUCCAUCACAAGCUUGCCUAUUCUGCUCAAGGGAAUACUCACUCAUGAAGAUGCUCUAAAGGCCGUGGAAGUAGGUGCUGCAGGGGUUAUUGUCUCUAAUCAUGGAGCACGGCAGCUAGACUACAGUCCCGCCACAAUCACCGUUGUGGAAGAGGUGGUUCGUGCUGUCAAAGGAAAGAUUCCAGUAAUUGUUGAUGGAGGAGUGAGGAGAGGAACAGACGUGUUCAAGGCAUUGGCAUUGGGUGCACAAGCAGUCCUGGUUGGAAGGCCAAUCAUAUAUGGGUUGGCUGCAAAGGGAGAGCAAGGGGUGAAGCAAGUGAUUCAAAUGCUGAAGGACGAGUUUGAGCUGACAAUGGCGCUUGCAGGAUGCACGAGUUUGAAGGAUAUCACAAGGAGCCAUGUGAGGACUGAUCGCGACAGAUUUCAAUCAAUGCUCUAAUUGCAUACUACAGAGACCAGAGGUCUUCAUUAUCCAUCAUGUUCUUUUGUUGUGAUUCAUAAGAAAGUUGAGGCUGUUGGCUUUCUGCCAUCAUUCUUGUUCUUUCUGAUUGAUAAUAGUUGGCCUUAACUAUUAUGGCACAAUUUUGUCAAUGAUCAAUAAUUUCUUUUUGGAUAUGUGAACCAAUACUAGCAAACUAUUCGUUCUCGUAAUAUUUAUGUCGUGCCGUCUAUAUAAGCACCAACUAGAUCCUAAUUGAUCAUA